AUGGUGUCUGGCCGGCGUGCGGCGCUGGCCCCCCGUGUGCUGGGGCGCUUGGGCGCGCGGUGCGUGCACAAAGCGCCCCGCCCUGCGAUCGGCCAGCCGCUGCCGCAUACGCACCCCCACCUCUUCCCCAUUGAUUUCCGGCGGGGCUCGGACGCAACUCGGGGCGGGGGCGUGGCCGAAGACCACCUUACGCCCGGCAUUCCCGCCGAAGAGUACGAGCAGCGGCGACGCAAUCUCAUGGCGCGUCUGCCGACAGGCAGUGUCGUCGUGCUCAUGGGCGGGCGCGUCAAGUACAUGAGUCGCAACAUUUUUUACAAGUUCCGACAAGAGAGCAACUUUUGGUACCUGACCGGCCUCGAGGAGCCAGACGCGGCGCUGAUUCUGGUCAAGGACAGCUCGCGGCGAGGCUAUACCAUGACGCUCUUUGUCGAGCCUCGCCAGGCCCACAAAGAGGUGUGGGACGGCCCGACGUGCGGCCUCGACGGCGCGACGUCCGUCUUUGGUGCAGACAAUGCCGAGCCGAACGACCCCUCCAUCAUGCUGCAGAUCCUCAAAAGCACGCUCGGACAGUGCGAGCACCUCUACGUGGACCUGCCGAAGCAAAUGACCAUUCCACGGCAGAGUCUGCGCACGCCCCGCUUCUCGAUCCACGACUUUCUCGCGCCGCCAUCGCCGACGGGCUACGACCUCUUUACGCGCAAGACCGACUUUGACAAUGUCGUCAAGCUCCUGUGCGACCGCCGCAACACGCACUCGCUCCAGCGCGAGAUGGACCUCUUGCGCAGCAAAAAGAGCAAGAACGAAAUCAAGGUCAUGCGCCAAGCCGGCGCGAUCAGCGGCGCGGCGAUGACCGAGACGAUGCAUGCGAUCCAGCCCGGCAUGCCGGAGAGCGAGGCGCAGGCCGUAUUCGAGUUUGGGUGCGCCCGCCGCGGCGCCGCGCGCCAGGCGUACGUCCCGGUGUUUGCCUCGGGCCGCAACGCACUCAUGAUCCACUAUGUGCGCAACGAUGCGGUGAUGCACGACCACGACAUUCUGUCGGUGGAUGCAGGCUGCGAGUUUGCGGGCUACGCCUCGGAUAUCACGCGCACGAUGCCGACGGCGGCCGACGGGCGCUUUACCCCGGCGCAGCGCGACAUCUACGAGGUGCUUCUCCGGACGCUCAAGGCAUGCACCAAGCUCGCGACCGAGCGCCAGGGCUACUCGCUCGCCGAGUUGCACCGCCGCUCGGUCGAGAUGCUCAGCGUCGAGCUGCGUGCGCUCGGCUUCUCGCUCGGCACCGGCGUGCUGGAGCGCACGCUGUACCCCCACUACCUGGGCCACUGGCUGGGCAUCGACCUGCACGACACGAGCACGGUCGAGCGGUCGACGCGCCUGCAAGAAGGCAUGGUCUUUACGAUCGAGCCGGGCUUGUACAUCCCUGACGACAGCUCCUUCCCGAAAGAGUACCGCGGCAUCGGCAUGCGUGUCGAGGACGACAUUGCGGUCGGCGACCGCGAGUCGCUCGUGCUCAGUGCGGACGCGCCGAAAGAAGUCGUGGACAUCGAAGCAGUGUGCGGCGGCAGGGUAUAG